GGCCGGGCUCCCGUGGGUCGGGGCCGGGAGUCGUCCCCUUCCAACCCAACCGGGCGGGGCCGCCGACCCCCCCACCUCAGAUCCACCGGGCCGAAAACGGGGCGCCGAGAAGACCCCCUCCCCCUCCCUCCCCCCGUCGCCGAAGAGCGAAAGCCGAGACCAUGUGGAUCCAGGUGCGCACCAUGGACGGGAGGGAGACCCACCGGGUGGACUCCCUCUCCAAGCUCACCAAGGUGGAGGAGCUGCGGCUCAAGAUCCACGAAGUGUUCGGGGUGGAACCGGAAAGACAAAGGCUGUUUUACCGGGGUAAACAGAUGGAAGAUGGGCACUCACUGUUCGACUACAGCGUUGGACUGAAUGACAUCGUUCAGCUGCUCGUGCGGCAGACGCCCGCAGUGCUCCCUGCCAGCAGCAGCAGCAGCAGCAGCAGAGAAAAGGACUCGGAGCUCUCGGACACCGACUCGGGCUGCGGUUCUGGCCAGAGCGAGUCCGAUAAGAAUUCCAACAGUGGGGAAGGGACGAUAGAGCUGGACGGGCAGCCGGCUACAACGGUUCAAGCCGACUGGGUCGACCCCGGAUUCGGCCUCUAUAAGAUCAAUGAAUUUGUAGAUGCCCGAGAUAUGAACAUGGGAGCUUGGUUCGAAGCCCAGAUUGUCAACGUGACGAGGAGAGACAAAACAACGAAUGAGUCAAGUGACAACAGCUCCAAAUCAGAGGUACAGGCAGCUGUCGCUGAAGAGGACAUUACAUAUCACGUGAAAUACGAAGACUACCCAGAGAAUGGAGUGGUUCAGCUGAGUUCCAAAGAUGUUCGAGCUCGGGCCCGGACCAUAUUGAAGUGGCACCAGCUGGAAGUUGGGCAAGUGGUGAUGGUGAACUACAAUCCCGAUGAACCAAAAGAGAGGGGCUUCUGGUACGAUGCCGAGAUUCUGAGGAAACGGGAAACCAGGACCAUUAAGGAGAUGUAUGCAAAUUUACUCCUCGGGGAUGCCGGUGACUCCCUCAAUGACUGUAGAAUAUCCUUUGUGGAUGAAAUCUACAAAAUUGAAGAGCCAGGCAGCAGGAGCCCAGUCGGCUUUGAAAACCCACUAAAAAGGCAGAGCGGGCCGGUGUGUAAGCACUGCAAGGACAACCCAAACAAGACCUGCAGGGUGUGCGCCUGCCACGUGUGUGGGGGGAAACAGGACCCGGAGAAGCAGCUGAUGUGUGAUGAGUGCGAUAUGGCCUUCCACAUCUACUGCCUGAACCCCCCACUCAGCAGCAUUCCCGAUGAUGAGGACUGGUAUUGCCCAGAAUGUCGGAAUGAUGCGAGCGAGGUGGUCUUGGCUGGGGAGAAGUUGAAGGAAAGUAAAAAGAAGGCAAAGAUGGCAUCUGCUACAUCAUCCUCUCAGAGAGACUGGGGCAAGGGCAUGGCGUGUGUUGGCCGCACCAGGGAGUGCACAAUCGUUCCCUCUAACCACUAUGGACCCAUCCCCGGGGUUCCAGUUGGUACCAUGUGGAAAUUCAGAGUGCAGGUGAGUGAGUCGGGGGUUCACAGGCCUCACGUGGCAGGGAUCCACGGGAGAAGCAACGACGGGGCGUAUUCAUUGGUCCUGGCGGGGGGUUACGAGGACGACGUGGACCAUGGUAAUUCUUUCACCUACACAGGCAGUGGAGGGAGAGACCUUUCUGGCAACAAGCGGACGGCGGAGCAGUCCUGCGAUCAAAAACUCACCAACAUGAACAGAGCCUUGGCUUUGAACUGCAGCGCUCCCAUCAAUGACCGAGACGGGGCCGAAGCCAAGGAUUGGCGAGCUGGGAAGCCCGUCCGGGUCGUCCGGAACGUCAAAGGAGGGAAGCAUAGCAAAUACGCUCCCGCUGAGGGGAAUCGCUAUGAUGGCAUCUACAAGGUGGUGAAGUAUUGGCCGGAAAAGGGGAAAUCGGGGUUCCUGGUAUGGCGUUACCUCCUGAGGAGGGAUGAUGAGGAGCCUGGCCCCUGGACCAAGGAAGGCAAGGACAGGAUAAAAAAACUUGGCCUCACGAUGCAGUACCCUGAAGGUUAUCUGGAAGCCGUGGCCAACAAGGAGAAGGAGAAAGAGAACAAGAAGGGGAGUGACGAGGAAUUAGAAUCCCCGAGGAAAGGGAAGGGAAAAAGAAAGAGGAAAUCAGCAGGUGGUGGUGGGGAGACUGUUUCGGCCUUUCCCAGAGGAACCCCGAAGAAAACAAAAGUGGAGCCCUACAAACUGACCUCUCAGCAGAAGGCCCUCAUCCGAGACGACGAAUCCAACGAGAAGCUGUGGAACGAAGUACUGGAAGCACUGAAGGAUGGACCGAAAUUCCUGAAUAAAGUGGAAGAAACUUUCCUGUGUAUCUGUUGUCAAGAAGUGGUGUUCCGGCCCAUCACAACAGUGUGUCAGCAUAACGUGUGCAAGGACUGCUUGGAUCGUUCCUUCAGGGCUGAGGUGUAUAGUUGCCCGGCGUGCCGCUACGAUCUGGGCAAAAGCUAUGCCAUGCAGGUCAAUCAACCUCUGCAGACCAUCCUAAGCCAGCUCUUCCAGGGUUAUGGCAAUGGCCGGUGAUUCUGUAAAGCACUUCUUCCCUUUGUUUUUUUUUUUUUUUUGUUUUUGUUUUUUUUUAUAAAACUUGUCGAUGGGUAUCGGUGGGCUUAAUUUAAACAAGUAGUUUUCCCCAAAAGGUUUGUCUUCCUCAUUUCAAAAAAAACAAACAAAAAACAAAAAACAAAAAACCCAAAAAACAAUAGCAAACCCCCCCCCCCCCCAAAACAAAAAAAAACCCCUAUAAACUUUGAGGAAUCUACUUUGUAUGUGUUGUGGCUUUUUUUUUUUUAUUAUUAUUUUAACGUUGGACUUUGCAUUCUGUUUUUCUGCCGUUUUAGCGACACAAACUAUUUUUUUCCUUUUUGAAUGAAUUUUGCAAACUACUUCCGGCAAAGGCUGCUAAUGAUUAUGCCCUUGAGUUCUCAGAAAGCUCUUCCCCCUCCUCCACUCCCGAGAAAGUGGCUUGGAUGCUAGAACAAUCUUUUGUGUGGUUUUUUUUCCUUUGUUUUUUGUUGUUUUUUUUUUUAAAUGGCCAGUGGAAUUGUCCAUGAAGAUAGAAGUGAGCUUACGAUCUAUCUUGGCAACCCUUUUAUUCAAGUUGGGCUACGUGCUGCUUAGGGGUUGGGCCUGUUCCCGCCCCGGGGGUUAUCAGGGAGUUAAAGGGAACCCAGUUUUUUAUUGUUUUGUUAUGUUUUUGGGCUUGUAUCAAAAAGUUAAAGCCAUUCCCCGCCAGCUGUCUUUUCUCGAUACAAGAAACCCCUCUGCCUGCAUUCAGUUAAAGAACUGGGGCAAGACCAUAUUCUACCUCUGUUGGAUUCUCUUUUUGUCUAAGAAACUAUCUGGGUUGUCUGGCUCUGAUCCAGGAUGCCGUUGUGGAACAUGCUAAAGCCAUUCUAAAGUGCCUUUGGUCCUCUUCUGAAAGACUGGGCUCUUUUUUUAGCACUGAAAUGUUGAAUUUGCCAAUCGGAUGAUUUUUUUUUUUCUGGAUAAAAAAAAAACGUAACACCGGAGCCACACAACACUGACGUUGGCAUUGCAGACCGUGUAAUAGCUUUGGAUGCUAGGAUGUAUUUCGGUAAGACCAAUUUACCAGGAAAUGGAGAAUUAUGAGCCAUAAGAGUUUAAAAAAAAAAAAAAAAAAAACCAACAAAACACAGAACAGGUUUUCUAAGUAAAAUUUUUUGCAGUUGCUAUGUAAAAGCUGAUGAUUUGUCAAGGGAUUUUUUGGGUGAAUGGAUGGUAGGUUGUUCAUCUAACAGUAAGGUUUGCAGUUUCAUACCUCACCAAAACAGGGAUAUUUUUCAAUUACAGUUAACUGCUGGCAGACUGGAACAAUAUGCGUGGGUUUUUUUAUAUACUUUUUCCUCAUGGAUAGAAUGUUAAUUUUUAGGGGGAAAAACAAUGACAUGUAGGGUUUUUUCUAAGUUUGAUUUUUUUGUACAAUGCAGAUUUUAAGUUCUCAAAAUAAAUGUUACAGAUGAA